CAAGCGCCCGAGACAGCGCGCUGGCGGCGCCGGCCGCGCCUGGCAUCGCCAUGGGGACGCUCCUGGUGGGGGUGGCGCUGGAGCUGGUGGCCACGAUGCUCGGCACGGCGGGGAAGCAGCUGGUCAGCCACUCCGCCCGCCUUCCGUCGCGGGCGCGCGCCCGCGCGAGGCGGCUCAAGGCGUGCGGCCUGCUGGUCACCACCGCCCUCGGGCCCCUGGCCGACGCGAUGGCCUACGCGCUCGCCCCGCAGUCCCUGAUCGCCCCCAUGAUGGGCCUGGACGUCGUGUGGAACACGCUGUCGGCUCCGUUCACUCUGGGGGAGCAGCUGGCCUGGGCGCACGUCGUGGGUACCGCGCUGGUGACGUCUGGCGCGACGCUGACGGCCGUCUUCGGGCCGCACGACCACGAGGAGGCGACCCUGGAGGUGCUCAGAGCGCGGUUCUUCAGAUGGGUGUUCCUGCUGUACUGCGCCGUCAUGUGUGUUGGGCUGGGCCUGGGCAUGUACGUUCUGCGGAAGCACCCGAAGGGCAGCACUGGCACGGCCCGGGCCGUAGCGCUUGGAGGCCUCGCGGGCUGCAUCGCGGGGAACAUGAGCUUCCUGAGCGCGGCGCUGAGUGCUGCGUCGACCUCGAUCCAGUCGGGCGACUGGUCGGCCUGGGAGACGCCAUUUCCCUACGCCCUGCUGCUGGUGGCGGUCGUAGUGGCGGUGUCGAACAUACCGUUCAUGUCGCGCGCCCUGCAGGAGUUCGAGGCCCUCUUCAUAGUGACCAUCUUCGAGGGUUGCCACAUCACAGUGGCGUGCGUCUCCGGCGACGUGGUGAACCAGGACAUGAAGCAUGCCGAUUGGUGGAGAUAUUGCUUCUAUGUGGCCGGCCUCCGACCGCCCCGCGGCGCGUGUCCCAGGCCGAAGCCGCGCGCGGUGCGCCCAGGGGCGGCCGACGCGCUGCCCGUGGCUGGCGGCCUUUGCUGCGCGGGUGGCGGUCCCCCGCGAGGUGGGCCAGGCACCGCCGCCUCACGAUCUUGGAGAGCGGGCGCUUUCAGACGACGGCCGCGGGGGCCAUCCAGCGCCAGGAGGGCUCGUUCCAUCCCGGGGCGCUGCCAGCCGACGCCCGGAUCCCGCUGGCGGUCCGCGGGCCGGUCCCGGAGCUCCCCGCCGAGCUGUCCGGGGACACGCUGCCGUCGAUGGUCUGGCAGGGCCCCCCGCGGGAGAUCGCCGCCCUCGGCCAGACGAGCAGCUCCUUCGGCCACGUCGUGUGGGC